ACGACCCCAAGGUCACCCCUGUGCUGUACAGCCGAGGCACACCCCCCAGGCAGUCAUGUACAGGACCGCUCCGAACAUGGCAGCUCGCGUGCUCGCUACGGUCGUCCCGCUGCUGCUCUGCUGUUUGGGUGCUACAGCUGGUCAAGAUGACGGCCCAGUUGUGGCCACCGUAACUGGACAAGUCCGUGGAACAACCACCCACACAACCGACCUUCCCGACAAACCGAUCUACACUUUCCUGGGCGUCCCGUACGCAGCGCCACCUGUCGGAGAUCUCCGGUACCGCCCGCCCCAGCCUGCAGUACCGUGGGAGGGAGUCAGGGACGCUGUGGAAUACGGGUCUUACUGUCCACAAAACCUCACCAGCUUCAACGCGAUGGACCAUGACUUUCCAGAGGAGUUUGGAGAGAACAUGACCACGAGCGAGGACUGUCUCACAGUCAACGUCUACACUCCAACUGUGGCACCGGACACUCCUUUACCGGUCUUGCUGUGGAUCCACGGGGGAGCUUUGAUGAUUGGAUUUGGAUCCCCUCCAGGAUGGGAGGCUCUCGCCGCUCACCAAGACGUCGUGGUGGUCUCCAUCAACUACCGUCUGGGUGUGCUGGGUUUCCUCAGCACGGGGGACGACAACAUGCCAGGAAACUACGGAUUCCUGGAUCAGGUCCAUGCUAUGAAAUGGGUGAAGGAGAACAUCCGAAACUUCGGUGGAGAUCCCGACAGAGUCACCAUAUUUGGAGAGUCAGCAGGUGGUAUCAGUGUCUCCUACCAUCUCCUCUCACCACUCAGUAAAGGUCUGUUCCAGAGAGCCAUCUCUCAGAGCGGUACCUGGAAAACAUUUCCCGUCAACCCCGAUCCACUCACAGUCACCAAGAUGUUUGCAGAAAAGGCCGGUUGUGAGACGGAGGACACGGCAGUCAUAACGGCCUGUCUGAAAGAGAAGACGCCCGAGGAGCUGCUAGAAGCAUUCGCUGCUCUAGGGUUUAUACCAUUUCUUGUGCCGGUGGUGGAUGGGACAUUUCUGACGACUGACCCCAUGGAACUGAUGGACAAAGGAGAAAUCAACACAGUAGAUUAUCUUCUGGGUUUCAACAACCACGAGAUGGGGUGGUUGGCGCUGUCGGCAUCCGGCAUGGAAGGGGACCCUCGUGACGGCAUGUCGCAAGAGGAAUUCGUCAAACUACUAAGGGCAGCAUUGUCAAUGUUUUACCAGGGCAAUCCAAAUGUGGAAAAAAUGUUGGACGCCGUCGUCGCUGAGUAUCGGCCGACUACGCCCGACGACCCUCUGGCGAUCCUGUUGCAAUUUACACAUGUAAACGGAGAUUCUACGUUUAUAGGUCCUACGAUGCUGGCUGCAGAAAAGCAUGCAGAUGCCGGUGCUCGUAUCUUCCUUUACGAGAACGAGUACCGACCGUCCAUCCACCCGAACAGACCCGACUGGGUGGGGAGUGACCACGCAGACGAUCUUUUCAUGAUCUGGGGAUUCCCGUUCAUGGAGAUUAAGGAACAAAAGUACACCAAAGAUGACGAGAAGUUCAGCCUCAUCAUGAUGGCCUACUGGGCAAACUUCGCACGGACUGGCGAUCCCUCCAACUCCACCGGCGGACCUCCUGACAGCCCCUCCCUGCCGACCUGGCCUCAGUACACACCUGACAACCCGGUCUACAUGAAGCUGGACGUAGAGCCAACCACUGGCGUCGGGGUCAAGCCGGAGAAAAUAAAACUUUGGAACGAAGUCAUUCCUGAUUUAGUUGCUGCAGGUGCCCAGAAUGACGGUCCAGUCGUGUCAACGGUAACUGGACAAGUCCGUGGAACAACCACCCACACAACCGACCUUCCCGACAAACCGAUCUACACUUUCCUGGGCAUCCCGUACGCAGCGCCACCUGUCGGAGAUCUCCGGUACCGCCCGCCCCAGCCUGCAGUACCGUGGGAGGGAGUCAGGGACGCUGUUGAAGUCGGGCCCUACUGUCCACAAAAUAUGUCCAUGCUCAACACGCUUGACUUUCCAAUGGAGUUUGGGAAGGGCAUGACCGAGAGCGAGGACUGUCUCACAGUCAACGUCUACACUCCAACUGUGGCACCGGACGCCGCUUUACCGGUGCUUCUGUGGAUCCACGGGGGAGGUUUAUCGGUAUUCUAUGGUUCACCUCCUGGAUGGGAGGCUAUCGCCGCUCACCAAGACGUCGUGGUGGUCUCCUUCAACUACCGUCUGGGUGUGCUGGGUUUCCUCAGCACGGGAGACGACAACAUGCCAGGAAACUACGGAUUUCUGGACCAGGUCCAUGCUAUGAAAUGGAUAAAGGAGAACAUCCGAAACUUCGGCGGAGAUCCUGACAGAGUCACCAUAUUUGGAGAGUCAGCAGGCGCUAUCAGUGUCUCCUACCAUCUCCUGUCACCCCUCAGUAAAGGUCUGUUCCAGAGAGCCAUCUCUCAGAGCGGUACCUGGAAAACAUUUCCCGUCAACCCCGAUCCACUCACAGUCACCAAGAUGUUUGCAGAAAAGGCCGGUUGUGAGACGGAGGACACGGCAGUCAUAACAGCCUGUCUGAAAGAGAAGUCACCCGAGGAGCUGCUAGAGGCCUUCGCGAGCUUCGGGCCAUUGAUGUACCUUGUGCCGGUGGUGGAUGGGACAUUUCUAACUGCUGACCCUAAAGAGCUGAUGGACAAAGGAGAAAUCAACACAGCAGAUUAUCUUCUUGGGUUCAACAAUCACGAGGGUGGAUGGCUGGGCCUUUCUUACGUCCUUGAAGACUAUGAAAAUGGGAUAUCCCAAGAGCAAUUUGUCAACGCAGUGAAGGCCGUGAUGUCUUUUUCCUACCAGGGCAAUCCGAAUUUCGACAAAAUAGUUGAUACCGUCGUCGCUGCGUACCAACCGACUACGCCCGACGACCCGAUGGCGAUUCUGUACGAGUUCACACACAUCAAUGGCGAUGCCUGGUUCACCGGUCCGACAAUACUUGUCGUAGAAAGCCAUGCCAAUGCCGGUGCCCGUGUGUUCCUCUACGAGAACAACUACCGACCGUCCAUCUUCCCGAACAGACCGGACUGGGUUGGAUGUGAACACGGAGACGAUCUUGUGGCGAUCUGGGGACUCCCGUUUACCGAAGGAUACACUGAACCACAAAACUACACAAAGGAGGACCGACAAUUCAGUCUCAAUACCAUGGCGCAGUGGGCGAACUUUGCACGAACUGGCGAUCCCUCCGACUCCACCGGCGGACCCCCUGACAGCCCCUCCCUGCCGACCUGGCCUCAGUACACACCUGACAACCCGGUCUACAUGAAGCUGGACGUGGUGCCGACUACCAGCGUCGGAUUCAAGCCGGAGAAAGUAAAACUUUGGACCGAAGUCAUUCCAGAUCUGGCUGCUGCUCCAGGUACGAAAGAGUGUCCAGUUGUGUCAACAGAGUCUGGACAGGUGAGAGGGACUGUCCUGUAUGCCACUGACCUUCCAAACAAGCCCAUCUACACGUACCUCGCCAUCCCGUACGCAGCGCCACCUGUCGGAGAUCUCCGGUACCGCCCGCCCAAGCCUGCCCUCCCUUGGGAAGGGGUCAGGGAGGCCGUAGAUUUAGGUUCUUACUGUCCGCAAAAUCUGACGUUCCUCAACUCGAUGGACCUCCCUUACAAAGUUGGAACGAACAUGACCAUGAGCGAGGACUGCCUCACGCUGACGGUCUUUAGUCCGACUGUAGCAGCUGACGCCGCCUUACCGGUCCUUUUCUGGAUCCACGGAGGUGGGCUGUCCAUGGGCAUGGGGUCAUUUUCUGGAUUUGAGGCAUUUGCCGCUCACCAAGAAGUCGUGGUGGUCUCCAUCAACUACCGUCUGGGUGUGCUGGGUUUCCUCAGCACGGGAGACGACAGCAUUCCUGGAAACUACGGAUUCCUGGAUCAGGUCCGUGCCAUGGAAUGGGUGAAGGAGAACAUCCGAAACUUCGGUGGAGAUCCAGGAAGAGUCACCAUAGCUGGGGAGUCUGCGGGCGGCGUCAGCGUCUCCUACCAGCUCCUGUCUCCCCUCAGCAAUGGUCUGUUCCAGAGAGCCAUCUCGCAAAGCGGCACCUGCACGACAAUGCCUGUCAACCCGCAACCACUUCAGCUCACCAAGCUGUUCGCGGAAGAGGCCGGUUGUGAGACGGAGGACACGGCAACCAUAGCGGCCUGUCUGAAAGAGAAGACGCCCGAGGAGCUUUUGGAGAAGUUCCAAGACCUACAAAUGAAGCUCGGUCCGCUUUAUUUCGGUGCUGUAGUGGACGGAACGUUCCUGACGUCUCAGCCCAUGGAUCUGAUGCAGGCAGGGGACGUCAACAAAGCGGACUAUCUUCUUGGUGUUAGCAACCACGAGUUCGGAUGGCUGAUGCUGCCGUUUGCGAUUCAAGGGGACCCCCUGGCUGGGAUAUCCCAGGAAGACUUUGGCAGACUGACGAAGACAGUGUUGUCACAGGUUUAUCAGAACAAUCCAAACAUAGACAGGAUGGCGGACGCCGUCGUGGCUAUGUACCCAGCCAAAUCAGACGAUCCCAUGGCGAUCGAGUACGAGUUCUCUCAUCUGUAUGGAGAUUUCCUGUUUCUGGGACCCGCAGUAUUCGCGGCUGAUAAACAUGCCGAUGCCAGCGCUCGUGUCUUCUUCUAUGAGAACCAGUACCGACCUUCCAUCCACACGAACCGACCAGACUGGGUGGGGUGUGACCACGGCGACGACAUAUUCGUAGUGUACGGAAUGCCGUUCAUCGAUGACACCGCCAGUUACAACAUAACCUACUCCAAGACAGACGAGCACGUCAGCCUGAGCAUGAUGGCGUACUGGGCAAACUUCAUGCGAACUGGCGAUCCCUCUGACUCCACCGGCGGACCCCCUGACAGCCCCUCCCUGCCGACCUGGCCUCAGUACACACCUGACAACCCGGUCUACAUGAAGCUGGACGUAGAGCCGACCACUAGCGUCGGGCUGAAGGCGGAGAAACUCAAAUUUUGGAACGAGGUUCUACCCAAACUAGCCACUGCAAAGAAAGAUGAACUUUGAAAUUCCCGCAUAGAGAAAAUAUCAAAUGAUUUGUGCUGCUAUUCCGUCUCAUCUCACGUAAAAUUCAGAUCUAUCAACAUUAUGUUUGUUUUUUUAUGAUACAUUGAUCAUAUGAUAUAACAUAUUUACAUUCAUGGUAUAAUAGUUUUAAAUGAUAGAAUACUUGAUUUUUUUGGCAUUGAAGUUUGUAUCGCCUAUAUGUUUCAUGUCAGUACCUAUUUUGAGAGUUUGAUACUUUUGUAAUUUCUAGGAAAUUUCAAAUUUUGCUAGAAUCGUGUCUUUUAAGAUUAACACGUUACCAAUGCUCGGAUGAUGUAGCGGGCCAUAAAGGCAAUAGGCUCGAUUC